GGUCCUCUGCCGAUUGCAUACGAUCGCUUGGGAAAAAGCGCUGAGGAGACGAAAGCCUAUGCGAAGGCAUUGCGCUACAAGGAGCUUCAGAUUCACAAGCAUCUCAACAAAGGCGGAGGAAGAUUAACGACGGAAGAUUGUCAAGCGCUCAUCACGUACGCAAAUAAGUUGAACGUACAAGAAGAAGCCGCUGGUGUUGUGCGAUAUGCUGAACAACAUGAAAUGGUCAUUCCGAUGGCUCCAAGUGCCACAUGUCGAAGAAAUUGCAUAGAGCCACUUCCGGUAGAGAUGAAUCACCCGCACAUCGCUCAACUCAUCGCUCAUCAGCUUCGUCUCACAAAGACUCGACGCAAUAAGCUGGCACUACGGACAUCGACGCGGUAG